CACCAGGGUGUCCCGGCGCGCAGCAUGGCGGGCUCGCCCCGUCGCCGUAGGUCCUGGGCCGAGCUGCUGGCGGGAAGGGUCAAGAGGCAAAAGCAUGAUCCGGAAAGGGAACAGAAGUUGCAGAACUCGGCCGUGCAGCUUCUGAGACGCCACCAAAGCAUGCGUGACCUUUUGCUGGAGAUAGAAGAUCCACCCUGUGAAAAAUCGUGCUUCAGCGGAUUGAUUGAUUGUGACAGUGACAAGGCCUACACUGAUGGUUCUCAUUCCUUCAUAGGCUCUGCUUUUCGGGAUCAGGCCUCAAAGCUGGGGGUUCCUGUGGGGAUCCUGUCAGCCAGGACAGUUGCCUGCAGUGUCAAGCUGGUCUGUGAGGAGCCCAGCCACCCUGUGCUGCUCAGCACAGAGCAAAGAAAGAAACUGUUUUCCUUGCUGGAGAUUGCUCAGUAUUUACUGCAACACAGCAUGUUCUCUCGCCUCUCCUUCUGUCAAGAAGUAUGGAAAGCACAGAAUGCUCUCUUGCUUGAAACUGCGUGGCGUCUUCAUGUGCAAAGUGUCGUGAGCCUCCAAGAGCUGCUGGAAAGCCACCCUGACAGGCGGGCCUUGGCAGCCUGGCUCUUCAGGAACCUGUGCCUCCUGUGCCAGCAGAUAGAUGCCUCCUGCCCAUCCCUGGAUGUCACCAGGGCUAUGCUGUCCGAUUUUGUGGAGCUGCUGGUUUUGUGGGGAUUUCAGGAAAACUUGGAUCUGAGAAGAGUGGCAGAGUCUGGAACGAUGACCCAGGUGGCUGCCGACGUGCUGCGGAGCAUGCUCUCCUUUGCACUUGACGCUCUGGCUGCCGGCCUUCAGGAGGAGUCCUCAGAUCACAGGGUGGUGAGCUGCUGGCUUGGCGUGUUCCGGGCUCUCCCGUGUGGCAGGGUUUCUGCAGACGCGCUGAAGAGGUUCCUCAGCCACACUCUGACCCAGGUCCUCACUCACAGCCCUGUGCUGAAAGCAUCCGAUGCAAUUCAGAGGCAGCGAGAGUGGAGCUUUGCCAGGACCCACCCUCUGCUCACCGUGCUGUACCGCAGGCUCCUGUUGAUGCUGAGUCCAGAGGAGUCGGUCAGCCGUUUGCAGGAGGUUCUGGAGACGCAUGAGGUCAACUGGCAGCGCGUGCUCUCCUGUGUGUCCACGCUGGUCGUCUGCUUCCCAGAGGCAGCGCAGCUGGUGCAGGACUGGGUGGCCCGUUUGAUGGCCCACGCCUUUGAGAGCUACCACCUGGACAGCAUGGUCACCGCCUUCCUGAUCGUGCGCCAGGCUGCCCUGGAGGGCCCCUCUGCGUUCCCGUCCUACGCAGACUGGUUCAAGGCCUCCUUUGGCAGUGCUCGGGGCUACCACAGCUGCAGCAAGAAGGCACUGGUCUUCCUUUUCAAGUUCCUGUCCAGCCUCGUGCCCUGGGAAGCCCCCCGGUACAUGCAGGUGCAUGUUCUCCACCCGCCCCUGGUGCCUGGGAAGUUCCGCGCCCUCCUCGCUGACUACGUUGCCCUGGCUAGGACGCGACUGGCUGACCUCAAGGUUUCUCUGGAGAACAUGGGACUCUACGAGAAUUUGUCCUCAGCUGGGGACGUCACGGAGCCCUGCAGCCAGGCAGCCCAGGACGUGGAGAAGGCCCUGGUGGUGUUUGAGCACACGGGGAGGGUCCCGGUCCCCGUCAUGGAGGCCAGCAUUUUCAGGAGACCCUACUACCUGUCCCACUUCCUGCCCGCCCUGCUCACGCCGCGAGUGCUCCCAGCGGCCCCGGAUUCUCGAGUGGCUUUUAUCGAAGCCCUAAAACGAGCGGAUAAAAUCCCCCAGUCUCUGUACGCUGCCUACCGCCAGGCCUGCUGCGCUGCCGAGAAGCCCCCAGAAGGUGCAACCUCGGGAACAAGGGCAGAGUCCACCUGUGCCGAGGAGCCCAUAGGACCGCUCAGGGCCGCGCUGGGAGAGCUCAGAGCCUUGAUGGCGGACCCUACCCAGUGUGAUGCCAUAUCUGCUCAGAUGGCCCUGGUUUCUGAAGGGCUGCGCACAGCCUUGGGGCACGGGGAGGAUGGCGGCCCCCGUGGGGCUGGGAAGGUCCGGCUCAGCGUCCUUGCUCCAGGGCUCCAGCAGCCCGAGCAGCUGGUGGUGGACCUCCUGCUCACAGAGUUCUGUCAGAGCCUGAUGGUGGCCUCCAGCUCUGCCCCUCCAGAGAGGCAGGGCCCCUGGGCAGCCCUCUUCGUGAGGACGCUGUGUGGACCAGCGCUGCUCCCUGUGGUCCUUGCCCGCCUCUGCCAGCUGCUGCACCAGGGCCCACGCCUGAGUGCCCCACAUGUGCUGGGCUUGGCUGCCCUGACCGUCCACCUGGGUGAGCCUGGGUCUGCGCUUCCGGAGGUGGACCCAGGUCCUCCUGCCCCUGCCGGUGGCCUUCCUGUCCCCAGGUUCCUCGACAGCCUCGUGACGUGCCACACCAAGGAGUCCUCGCUCUUCUGCCUGAGGUUCUGCACGGCGGCGAUCUCUUACGCCCUGAGCAAGUUCCCUCCUCAGCCUCGAGGUUCCUGGUACAGCUGUUUGUCUCCAGGUCUUGUCAAAAAGUUUCAGUUUCUUGUGUUCAGAUUGUUCUCCGAGGCCCGAGCACCUCUCCCUCAAGGGGACGCAGCAGGCUUUCCCUGGGGACCCGUGUGCCCUUGCCCCUCAGACUGGAAGAUGGCUGCACUUGCCCUGUGGAGACAGGGCCGCUUCCAGGAGCUGCUUGCAGAGGGGUUUCGGCUAACCUUCAGAGACUGGCUGCAGCUGGAACUGGACAUCCAGCCUGGAGCUGAUGCCCUGUCGGACACAGAGAGGCAGGACUUCCACCAGUGGGCCAUCCACGAGCACUACCUCCCGGCACCCUGCGCUUCAGGCGGCUGUGACGGAGACCUGCAGGAGGCCUGCACGGUGCUGGUCAACGUGCUGAUGGACUCCUAUCGAAGCUCAAGGAGUUGGAACCACUCGGAGAGCUCCAGCUGGGUCCCUGGUGGCUGCUCAGGAAGUGGGGAUCUUCUUUCCAGGCUGCAGGAGAUGAUUCUCGACCUGGAACUGGAGCAAGGCGCAGCCUCUCGGGGACACUUUGUAUUCUCGGUGUUUUACAGCCGGCUCCAGCCUCUGGCGGGUGGGGCAGGUGUGGCCACCAGCCUCCAGAGACAGCAGGAGCUGCUUGCAUGCAGAUGGCUCCUCCUUCGCCUGCCUCCAUCUGUCCUGGUCGGCAGCCUGCAGGCCCAGCGGCCCGCCGCCGCCCUCUGCGAGGAGUUCUUCCACUUGGUCAACUCUGAGCUGAGAAACUUCUCCCAGGGAGGUGCCCUGACCCACGACAUCACCAUCCACUUCUUCAGGGGGCUCCUGAAUGCCUGUGCACGGAGCCAUGACCCCUUGCUGACAGCCAGCCUGACCCUGACUGAGUGCCAGACCAAAUGCCCCAUCCUUCUGACCUCUGCACUGGCGUGGUGGUCAAGCCUGGAGCCUGUGCUGCACAGUCGGUGGAGAAAAUGCUUCCAGAGCCCGCUGCCUCCUGAACUGCAGAGGCUGCAGGAAGCCCAGCAGUUUGCCAGCAACUUUCUGGCCCCUGGCUCGACUUCCCCUGCACCCAGCCCCGCCUGGGUCUCGGCUGCUGCGUUGCACUUUGCCCUGAAAGAAGUCACGACAGAAAGCAUCAGACAGCUGAAGAAGCUGGACUGCGAGAGAGAGGAGCUGCUGCUCCCCCUCUUCUUCUUUUCCUUGAUGGACCUGCUCUCAUCGCACCUGGCCCAAAACGACACGGCAGACCCCCUGAAGGCUGUGAACACCUGUGCUGAAGUCCUUGCGUGUUUGCAGAGGAGGAGGGUGGACUGGCUGGUGCUCUUCCAGUUGACGGAGACAGAUGCUGACCGAGGGCACCUUCUCCGCCUGGCCCCAGACCAGCUUACCAGGCUGUUGCCUUUUGCCUUCUACAGUCUUCUCUCUCACUUCAAAGACGACACGGUCACAGGGGAAGAGGCCUUUCUGCGUGUUGCUGUUGACAUGUACCUCAAGCUGGUCCACCUUUUCAUAGAUGGGGAGACCAGGGCUGUAUCAACUCCGGCCAGCAGGAGACUGCAGCUCCAUGACCGGUCCUCUCCCCAGCCUGGCAACCCUGUGCAACUGAUAACAGAAGCUCGGCUUUUUCUGCUGCAGUUAAUACCUCAGUGCCUGAAAAACAGCUCCUCAAACAUGGCAGAGGUAACCCAAGACACUCUUCUUGGGUCUGAUUUCACACCUUAGCUGAAGGCCCAACAGCCUCUCCCUGUGUCUUGGCACCAGGUCUGCAGAUGGGCUCCCUUGGGCUGUUGGUCCUGAGUAGUGGUUUCCUUCCGCACAGCUGCUGGCCGGGCGUGAAGACUGGGACCCUGAAGUGAGCAGUGCCCUCCUGAGUGGGCAGCAGGCUGUGCCCGACCCUGACCUCCACCAGGAGCCCCGUCUCUUCUGACUGGACUCUGCUCAGUGCACCAGCCUGGCUCCACUGUAAAUGAUUUAUUGCAAGCAUAACAUGACGCUCUUGUUGCACUAGAAGAUGGGUUACAAAUCUCCUUGACUGCUGUAGUUGGGAAGAGGAAUCAGUUAUUCUUAAUCUGUCUGCCUUAAGUUUCUCAGUACUUGGAAAAUAAGCUGGUGGUCCCAGAGUGGGUGACAGAAAGGCUGCACAACACAAGCCCCCCUUGACUAGCCAAGGGAGAGUGGCACCCUCCAUCCUGCCCAACAUGUGCCUACUGGGCACGAGGGGCAAGCAGAGCUGUGCCCCAGGGUAGGGAACGUGGAAAUGUCUUUAGACCCCACAUCACACCUGCUGAGUGCCAGCUUCUCUAAGUGCCACUGUCCCACCUGUCAUCCUCAGGUAGGCUCUGGCUUCACAGCCUGGCCCUCAGUGGCCCCAGAGGGGCUUGGGGGCCCAGGUGGUGGCUCUGCCUCUAGGGGUAGGGCUUUGUCCUGGGUCUGUGUCAGAGGGUGCACCAUGGACAUGUGCACAUUGAGGUUGUGGGCCUUCUCAAAUCGCCGGCCGCACUGGUCACAGGCAAAGUCCAGCUCCGUCUCCGCCUUAUGUUUGGUCAUGUGGUACUUGAGGGAUGCACGCUGCCUGCACUGGAACCCACAGACUUCACACCUGGGGACAGAGGCAGGUGAGAGAGGCUGCACACGGGUCCCAGCCUCCAGGCACCCAGACCACACUUACUGCAACGGCUUGGCUCCUGAAUGGCGCAUCUGGUGAACAAGAAGGUGCUUCCUCUGCUUGAAAGUCUGCCCACAUUCAUCACAGAUGUAGUUGCGUACCUCUGGAGACCAGAAAGGGAGUGAGCAUGGGUCCCCAAAACAUCAGCCCCAUGAGGGUCUGGCUAAGACCCAGGAAGAAUAGUUUAUGACCUGGCACAAACAUGGUGGGCCAUGUCAGGGGCCCGUUUACAGAUGGAUGUUUUCCUGAGACCAACAAAAGCUUCCGAAUGGUAUAGAAAUACCACCUGGCUUCUGGGCAGGCGUGGUGGUACAGGUCUGCAGUUCCAGCCACUCAGGAGGCUGACAGGAGGAUCCCAGAAUCCCAAGUUUGAGGCCAGCCUGGGCAACUUAAACUUAGCAAGACCCUGUCUCAAAAUGAAUUAAAAGGGCUGGGGAUGUAGCUCAGUGGUAGAGCACCCCUGGCCAUUGUUAUUCAAAAAAGAACAAAAAACCUGGGAAUAACAAUGUCCAGCAAUAACAAAUGUCACAUGGAUGGGUUUCAUGGUGAAUGAUCUGGCAAUCAAACCACUGUGUACAAGGCUCUAGUGUUUGAGGAUGGCCCCUGUAGCAUGUCUGUCGGGAGGGAUCUGCAGGCUCAGGCCAGCAGCAUCUGGGACACUGCAAUCCCAAGGGAGCCCAGUGGGGCCCUCUGCAGGAGGCAGCCGAGGGUGGUGGUGGGAGGCUCACUGUCCUUAAUGUGUUUGAUUUUCACACAUCUACAAGGUACACAAGUCAUAACCUGAGAAGGACGGAUCAUUCUACAGAAGUGAACCCACAGGGGUACCAGAUU